AUUCGUGCCGGACGCUGCUGGCUUAUUACUACGUCACCAACCAGAGUCUGGGGGAGGCGGCCUUGUUGGCCCGGCUGUCCAGCAGAGGGGGGCUGAUGGGGGCCGGCCUGCAGCUCCGUGCCGCCUCCACUGCCAUCACGUUGAUCGAAAACUGUCCGGAGGAGAAUCUGCUCCACUACCGCUGGCCGGCGAGCCGACCGAUGGUCACUCGGCAGCUGCCCUGCUUCCCCAACAAGGACCAGAGCAGCUCCAGGACCUGUUUGAUCAGUCAUCAGAACUUCUCCUCCUUCUGGUCACCUGCAGACGUCGGUAACUGCACGGACAUCAACACCAUCCAGGUGUUGGCAGAAAAUGCGGCUGAGGUGGCGGAGCAGCUCGCCGACAUCACCAACAGCGAGCUGUCCAACAAAGAGGUGUCUGAGGUGGUGUCCAAGGUGAAUCAGCUGGUGAACGUGGCGAAGAUCAACCGCACGUUGGCGUCCACCGUCAUCAACAUCAUCUCCAACGUCAUGACCGCCUCGCAGAUGCUGCUCCCCGCUACUUCCAAAGAAGCUCUGGAGACCGUGGACGACUUGGUUCAGAAGAUUGAGUUUGAGGGUCCGUCCAUCAGCAUCACGUCCAGACACCUGGCGCUGGGCAUCUCCACCCUCAACACCACCCAGUUCACCGGGGCGUCCUUCAGCGCCUUCAACUCCACCCACCCACAGGUUGACUUUAACUCAGAGAGGGAGAACCCUCUGGGUCAGGUGACCCUCCCUGCCUCUCUGCUGUCGGGCGUCUCUCUGAGUGAAGCCGAUCGAUCGUCUCUGUCUCGGAUCAAAUUCAUGUUCUUCAGCAACACCAACCUCUUCCAGAGCAAGCAGGACGGGCACUUGCUCAACAGCUUCGUGGUGGCGAGCAGCGUCGGGAACUUCACCAUCAGAGACCUGAAGGACCCGGUGGAGAUCCACAUCGCUCACCUCUCGGAAAAGCCCAACAUGACUCCAGUCUGCAUGUUCUGGGACUUCAGCAUGAACCAGGGAGACGGAGGCUGGAAAACAGACGGUUGCAAAGUGUCCAAGUCCAGCGCCAACUCAACCAUCUGUCAGUGUAACCACCUCACUCACUUUGGCAUCCUCAUGGACAUCUCUGGAACGGCGGCCACCAUCGACCCUCAGAACAACAGGAUCCUGACCUUCAUCACCUACAUCGGCUGCGGCCUGUCGGCCAUCUUCUCUGCCGUCACGCUGCUCACCUACCUCGCCUUCGAGAAGCUGAGGCGCGACUACCCCUCGAAGAUCCUGAUGAACCUCAGCACGGCGCUGCUGUUCCUCAACAUGGUCUUCCUAUUGGACGGCUGGCUGGCCAAUCAGCAGCAGGACUGGCUGUGUGUGUCCGUGGCCGUCAUGCUGCACUACUUCCUGCUGGCCUCGUUCACCUGGAUGGGCCUGGAGUCGGUCCACAUGUACAUCGCUCUGGUCAAGGUCUUCAACACCUACAUCAGGAGAUACAUCCUCAAGUUCUGCAUCCUGGGAUGGGGUCUCCCGGCUGUGUUGGUGGGGAUUGUUGUCGCCGUCGAUAAGAACUCGUAUGGCCGACAGGAGUACGGCAAAGGAGAGCCGGGGAACGGAUCCACAAAUCUCUGCUGGAUCCAGAACUCAGCUGUCUUCUACUCCACCGUGGUGGUUUACUUCUGUCUGGUGUUUCUGCUCAACAUGGCCAUGUUCAUCGUGGUGAUGAUGCAGAUCUGCGGACGCAACGGCAAACGCAGCAACCGCACGCUGCGGGAGGAGGUGCUGAGGAACUUGCGUAGCGCCGUCAGCCUGACCUUCCUGCUGGGGAUGACUUGGGGCUUCGCUCUGUUCGCCUGGGGGCCCGUCAACCUGGCCUUCAUGUACCUGUUCUCCAUCUUCAACUCUCUGCAGGGUCUGUUCGUAUUUAUCUUCCACUGUGCGUUGAAAGAAAACGUCCAGAAGCAGUGGAGGAGGUACCUCUGCUGCGGCCGAUUCAGACUGUCUGACAACUCAGACUGGAGUAAGACGGCCACCAACAACACCAAGAAGGUGAGCUCCGACCACCUGGGGAUGUCUCUGUCCUCCAGCUCGUUCGGCUCUUGCUCGCCUAACUGGACGUCCAAAGCUACGCUCAACCCGUUCACCAAGCACCACAGCAACACAGAAAGCUCUUCCAACCAAUAGCGAGAGCAGAGGACCGACGGAGAUAAAUGUUACUCCAACCAGACCGGCCCCAAGUGCGUCUCCUCAUGCUCGUCCUCCUCCGAGGUGGAACCCAACUCCUCUUCCUCUUCCUCGUCGUCCUCCAUCCUCCCCGUCAGCCAGAUGAUCGACAAGGUGAAAGGUUACUGCUCCACACGCUCUGACAACUUCUACAAGAACAUCAUCAUGUCGGACAGCUUCGCCAACAGCACCAGGUUCUAGAGAUGUC